CCGGUAUAUAAGAGAGGUGAACCGCAGCGUUUAGUUUGAAGAGAGCAGAGAAACGAAAUGAAGCUAGGCCCCAAGGUAGUGCUUCUCUUGAGAGACCCAGAGGGCUUCGGCCAAGCCAUUUUCGAUGCAUUCCACCCCAACCCAUCUGCUUUCGUCACAGAGGAAAGCUUCGAGCUUUCUCUGGAGCGCUAUGGGAUCCAGAAUUGCAAGGCGUCUGGAAAAGUUCGACACUUUCUUGAUCAGCAGGGUCAAUUUGAGGUGUCACAGUUGCUUAUGGAAUAUUAUGAUUCACCGAUACUAGCAUGUGCUUUCAAUGAAGUUCUGGCUCAAAUAGCCGGACAAAAAUCAUCCUCAAUGCCCACGAUUGUUGCCCCCUUUUUCGUUUCAUCAUCCAAGCUUAAACGGGACAGCAAGUCUGCAACCAAGUUAGACAGCAAAUAUUCACUUUAUGGCAUACAGAUAGGUACAGAAACAGACAUAAGCAAAGACAUCAUUACCAGAACUCAGAAAGCACCACCGUCUUUACAGAUACAUCAUGAACCUCUAGCCUGCCUUCUUCAGAUGGUCCGUGUCCUGAAUUUGCCAACUGUUGUUCUUAUUGGGCAAAAGAGUCAGAGAUUUUCUGAUAAAGAAGAGCUUGAGAUACUUUAUGAAAUUGGGGAACUUUUGGCAAACACUUGUAAGGUAAACUUCUCAAGAGGCAAAAUCACAUGGAAACCAACAAAGAAAUCUAAGGACGAACAGGAGCCAUGGCGUGCAUUGUAUGGUUGAUUCAGAGUCGUUUGAGUCAGUAAAGGCUCGAAGCAUUCCGUGGACAACUACUGUCUCAGCUUGUGACCUGAGCAUGGACAUAAUGAAAAUGUUUUUUUUUUUUUUGCCAUAAUAUACUUUUUUUUUUGGCUCUCCUUUUUCUUAUUUCGGUUUGAUUUGAUUAGUGCAGUCCACUGUCUUAGAAAUAGGGGUUCAUUGUGGUAACCAAACAGGAACAGAUACUGGUUUUUAGCUUUUGUGGCCAAAGCUAAUUUUACUAGCAAAAGAAUAUGAAGUAGCUCAUUUCCUGUA